AUGACAGCCCCAGUAAUCGGGCAUUACGUUGAUUAUAUCCGCAUAGGGAGAUACUGUGGAAGGCAGUCUGAGUCCGGGCUAGUCCGGGUGGCAGCCUGGGCCAAGCCUGGGCAGCAAGUGGAGAAUCUAACGGCCUUCUUUCACGCCAUUCGUCGAUCCGGCCACGCCAUUGACCGACCCAGCGCGGGAAUGCUGACCAUGAGGACCCAGGUUGAGUUGGUAGAGGGACGUCCUACUGAUAGUGGCCAUGGCAUGUCGAGGUCGAGAGGUGUUACUGCGAAUAGUCCAAGACUAAUCCUGCUGUUCGUGAGAUGUGUCUGGCUUCAAGAGAAAGAUAGGGAAUGGCGGUGGGAGAAGCUGCAGCAGCUUGAAGCGCAUAGGCUCAGAGUCAUGGCACUCCAACUCGCCGGCGCGUCGGGGACGACCGCCAAUGUGGCGCGCCUGAUCUGUGCGCUCUUUCUCCACGCACCACGACCACCGCUCUUCCAAAACCCUCAUAUGCUGAGCUGGAUUGAUGUCUUCUCUCGCAUGUCCGAAAAUAGCACCACGCAUUCAAGUUCAAAAACCCCGGCUUCAAGUUUGGCCAGCGCAAGCCUCCCGCCAUCUGCCAUCCCGGUCCAUCGUCGUUUGAACGGCAAGGCACGUCUCAUACACAAGCUCCUAUCAAGACCCGUUGCUAGAGGUGUAGUAGAUGCUUUGAUGGCCGUUCGGGAGCUCGAUAGCCAGGAGCCCCAGCCCCUGCUCGUUUGGGGUGCGCAACUUAGAAAACCGGAAGGAACGUUCAGGAAGUUGGAUGGACUUGUGGAGGACAAGCUUCAGGUUAGCGGGUUCCUGCACCGGUGA